CGCCACAUUGAUUGUUCAUAUGGUAAACAAAUGGCGGAAGUAAAGUCAACAUGUGGAAAUUGACUGAAACUGUGAUAAUUCCAUUGAUUUGAUUCGUAUAAUUAUUCCAUUUUAAAGAAAAGGAACAUGACACAAUCAAUUGUUGUUCAAGUUGGACAAUGCGGGAACCAAAUUGGAUGUAGAUUUUGGGAUUUGGCGUUAAGGGAGCAUGCAACAGUGAAUAAGCAUGGAACUUACGAUGAAUCUCUGAGCAGUUUUUUCCGCAAUGUUGACAGCAGAUUUGAUGAUCCUGCAAACAUUCCAUUAGACAGGGGAACUGGUAAAAUCAAGUCUCUUAAAGCCAGGGCUGUACUUGUAGAUAUGGAGGAAGGAGUUGUCAGUGAGAUGAUGAAAGGCCCGUUACGGGAGGUGUUCGACUUUAAACAGCUGCUAACUGAUGUCUCUGGUGCUGGAAAUAACUGGGCAGUUGGUCACAAGAUGUACGGCAGUCAGUAUCGAGAACAUCUGAGCGACAUUAUACGUAGAGCGGCAGAAUUCUGUGAUUGCUUGCAGUGUUUCUUCAUCUUACAUUCCAUGGGUGGUGGGACAGGGUCUGGAGUUGGUACAUUUAUCCUGAAUUUAUUAGAAGAUGAGUACCCAGAUGUGUACAGAUUUGUGACAGCGGUAUAUCCAUCUGUGGAUGAUGAUGUGAUUACCUCCCCUUAUAACAGUGUUUUGGCAAUGAGAGAGUUAACAGAAAAAGCUGACUGUGUUCUUCCAAUAGAAAAUCAGGCCCUUGUGUCUUUAGUAAACAAAAUCAACCAAGCCAUUCCACCAACUAAGACGGGUAAGCGGAUGUAUUCCAGUGUCGGAGGAGACGUAAAAGCUGGUAGUGCUAUAACAGCAAGUGAUGGAAGUGUUGUGAAACCAGCCAAUGAAAAACCAUUUGACACCAUGAACAAUAUUGUUGCUAAUUUAUUGUUGAAUAUGACAAGCUCUGCUAGGUUCGAAGGGUCACUAAAUGUUGAUUUGAAUGAGAUAACGAUGAAUCUCGUCCCGUUUCCACGGCUACACUACCUCGUUUCCAGUCAGUCACCUCUCUUCACGCUUUCCGAUGUGAGUCUACCUCCAAGAAGACUGGACCAGAUGUUCUCUGAUGCAUUUUCUAAAGACUACCAGUUAUUGAAGACAGAUCCUAAACACAGUCUAUAUCUAGCAUGUGCUCUCAUGGUCCGAGGAAAUGUUGAAGUCUCUGAUGUCAGGCGUAAUAUAGAAAGGUUGAAGCCGAACUUGAAGUUUAUCCAUUGGAACACUGAAGGAUGGAAGACGGGGCUGUGUUCUGUACCACCGGUGGGCCAGUCUUACUCUUUAUUAACACUCGCCAACAAUACAUGUAUUCACAACAACUUUACAGAACUCAAGGAUAGAUUUGUAAAGCUUUACAAGAGAAAGGCCCAUGUACAUCAUUACACACAUGUAGAUGGAAUGGAGAUGUCUGAUUUUGCUCAAAGCCUUGAAUCUCUGAACUCUAUCAUCCAAGAAUACUCAGACCUAGAGAAGCAAAUGUUUAACCCUCCACUACCUGAACCAAGGUUGCAAGUUGUGACUUGAUGAUUUGUUUCUAAAAAUAGAUUAUGUAAAGUGAAGAAGUGAGGAAUCGUUAUCAAUGCCACUAUAACAGAAUGGACAUUAGGUGUUAAAUCCUUUGGUGGAAGAAAUUAUUUUCAGUGUUAAAAGGGAUGGAUUCAGUUGACAUUUUGAUUAAUAUCCAAGUAAUUGAUAAUGUUGCAAUGAUAGAAUAUGCAGCCAUUAUCAAUGCUUCUGUGACAGUUUAGAUGGUAGUUGGUAGCUUCCACAGUGUAGUCAGUGCCUGUGUUACAUUGACAAGUGAAUGAAAUGUUGUUACAAAUUGAGCAAGCACUGUUAAUCUUACAGAGACAUAGGUUUAGUCAUUGACCAUGUUACCUGAAUUUGUCAUUGACUAUUACAGUUAUAGAUAGGGUAGU